UCUUGAAAGAUGAUCGUGGAAAAGCGAUUGCGUGACGCUCGUCGUCGUUGGCAACAUUCCAAAAAAUCAAGACAACAACAAGUGGUACAAAGAUGGCAUGAAGCUAAUCCAAGACAACUUAAGAGUUAAACCAAACACGAACACUGCUAAGAACGCCAUCCUCUUCAUGGGAGAUGGAAUGGGUAUUACGACUGUUACCUCCUCACGUAUCUUAGACGGACAGCUGAAGGGGAAAACUGGUGAAGAGAAUGUGUUGAGCUGGGAGGAGUUUCCCUGGACAGCUCUGGUCAAGACUUAUGCUGUCGAUCAACAGGGUCCAGAUUCUGCAAGCUCUGCCACGGCGUUUCUGUCUGGAGUGAAAACAGACCAGGGUGUUGUUGGAAUGGAUGAAAACGUCGAAUGGGGUCGAUGCGCAUCUGCAAAAAAAGAACGUGAAGUGAUUUCGAUUUUGUCACUCGCAGAGUUAGCUGGAAUGUCAACUGGUCUGGUCACGACCACGCGGAUUACACACGCGAGUCCCGCGAGUGCUUACGCGCACUCUGUGGACCGUCGCUGGGAAAGUGACGCGGAUAAAAAGGCAAAAGCUUAUGACGAUGCUACGUCGUGCAAAGAUAUUGCCUUACAACUUGCCGAAUACCCGUACGGUAAUGGAAUAGACGUCAUAUUUGGUGGGGGGCGAAGAGAGCUGAUGCACAAAAACCAAACAGAUCCUGAAUACCUGGAUGAAAAAGGAGAGAGACUUGACGGCAGAGACCUGAUUCAGGAGUGGCUGGAGAAACAUCCCAACUCGCAUUACGUGUGGAACAAAUCCGGUUUUGACAAGAUUGAUGUAGAAAAGACUAAUCGUUUAAUGGGACUUUUUGAGUACUCCAAUAUGAAUUACGAAGUGGACCGAGCCAACGACAGCGCUGGCGAACCAUCAAUAGCAGAGAUGACUGAAAAAGCCAUCAAAAUACUUCAGAAAAACCCAAAAGGAUACUUCCUGUUUGUCGAAGGUGGACGUAUUGAUCACGGACAUCAUGAUGGCAAAGCAGUCAGAGCUCUUCACGAUGCCGUAGCUUUGAAUAAAGCGGUGUCUAAGGCCAUGGAAAUGAUUAACAAAGACGAAACCCUUGUAACAGUAACCGCUGACCACUCACACGUUUUUACCGUCGGCGGGUACCCGAAGCGGGGAAACCCAAUAUUUGGUACAGUACGUUUUCUGACUGAAGAAUUGGCUGUGGAUGUGGAAAACAAGACAUUCACGACCCUUGGUUACGCUAAUGGUCCAGGAGGUUUAAAUGGGCCACGUGCAGACCUUAGAGGGGUGAACACAGCACACAAGGAUUUCUUACAACAAGCUACUGUCCGACAAAGUUAUGAGACUCAUGGAGUUGAAGAUGUUGGAGUUUACGCGGACGGGCCUGGGGCCUACCUGUUUCACGGUGUGGUCGAACAACAGUACCUCUUCCAUGUCAUGGAUCAUGCGCUGUGUUUGAGUGGUGGCAAACAGAAAUCAUGUGACAAGCACAUUAAACGAGGAGGACAAGUAAAGAACAACGAUGCAUGCUUUGUUUCGCCUUCUUCAAUGUACCCUCUGCUAAUGUCAGCAGUUUUGUUAGCUGCGAGGCCUUAAAUGUAAAAGCAAACCCCACAAAAAAAGGCCAAUGAGGGGUCCUAUGACAAAAUUUUAAUCCGUAUCUCAGAAAAAUUCGUAUGUCAAGAUACUGUUUUAGGUACGAUAUAAUUGUUCAAAGAGGUGAAAUUAAA